AUGACCCAGCAAACCAAUCCAAUGUUAAAGAUGAGCAAAUGCAUAUCCACAAAACUAGAAGGACCCAUCACACACCUGGAGAAAAUCAUUAGCACCAUAACAGAGAAGGACCCAGACCAAAUAGUCAUACAAGCCAUGAUCAAAAGAGUAGAAGAAGUAGCAGAUGGAGUGUACAGUAGCAUUGCAGACAUCAAAGACACAAUCAAAAUACUCACUCCCGCUGUCAAUUCACUCCAGACCAAAAUCAAGGACUUAAUGACCAAGACCCUAUCCAACCCCACUUCUCAAACAAUGGCCAGCUGGCAAUCCUGUAGUGCAAUCACAGCAACCAAUCUCCCCCCCAUGGUGGACCAAGUGCUAGCCAGGGCAGCAGCACAUGAAAGGCAAAUUAUACUGGACUCAACCCCUGGCAACCAAAUCUUCCCUCCUAACACACCCUGCUCAGACAUCACUGAGAAAAUCUCAGCUGUCCUUGCAUUCAUCAAAUGA